CGUGACCGUCCGCCAGCCCGCAGCCGACAUGCAGUCCCCGGCGGUGCUCGUCACCUCCAGGCAAGUUCAGAAUGUGCACACAGGCCUCGACCUGACUGUCCCGAAGCACCAGGAGGUGCGGGGUAAGAUGAUGUCCGGCCAUGUGGAGUACCAGAUCCUGGUGGUGACCCGGUUGGCUGUGUUCAAGUCAGCCAAGCACCGACCCGAAGAUGUCGUCCAGUUCUUGGUCUCCAAGAAAUACAGCGAGAUCGAGGAGUUUUACCAGAAACUGUACAAUCGUUACCCGGCAGCCAGCCUGCCCCCGCUGCCUAGGAAGGUCCUGUUUGUCGGGGAGUCUGACAUCCGGGAAAGGAGAGCCAUGUUCGAUGAGAUUCUGCGCUGUGUCUCCAAGGAUGCCCAGUUGGCAGGCAGCCCAGAGCUGCUAGAAUUCUUAGGCACCAGAUCCCCGGGGGCUACAGGCCUUGCCACCCGAGAUCCCUCUGUCUUAGAUGACACAGCCAGCCAGCCCGGGGACAGUGAUGAGGCUUUUGACUUCUUUGGGCAACAGGAUGAAGUCCAGCCGCCCACAUUGGGCCUGAGCAACAAGGGUCUGGAGAAGUCCUUGGAGGAAGAGGAAGAGGAGGAGGUGCUGGAUCCCCUGGGCAUCAUGCGCUCCAAGAAGCCCAAGAAACAGCUAGAAGUGGCCGUGAGGCCCAAGCCUUCACCUCGGCUCACCAUCUUUGAUGAGGAGGUAGACCCUGACGCAGGGCUCUUCAGCUCAGGCAAGAUGGUGUCCCCCAAGAGACCUCUGGAGACCACACAGGACGCCCUGAAGCUGUUUGACGACCCUGACCUUGGCGGGGCUGUCUCCUUGGGUGACCCUUUAUUGCUGCCGGCUGCCCGUGAGAGUAGAGGGCUCUCAUCCAGCCCAGAACACAGGGAUGCCUCCAAGGAUCUGUUCAGAGUUGAAGAAGACCUGGACCAGAUUCUGAACCUGGGAUCUGAACCAAAACCCAAGCCUCAGACUAAGCCCAAGCCUCAGACUAAGCCCAAGCCUCUAGUCCCAGCUAAGCCAGCAUUGCCCAGGAAACCAACUCUGCCUUCGUCAGUGGACCCAUCAGAAACUAAGGCUGGACCACAGAAGCAGCAACAGAUCCAAGCUAUGGAUGAAAUGGACAUAUUGCAGUAUAUCCGGGACCAUGACACACUUGCCCAAGACUCCCCCAGCCUCUUCUGACUUCCCCACAACCCUGCCCUUCAACCUAUGCUGGGCCUGGGGAGGAGGCCUAUCUAUGAAUAUAUGGGUUCUGCUUGCAAGACAAGGACCACCAAUGGAAGUGGAACUCCAUACCCUGCAGUCCCAGUACCACGCCCUUUCUUUUUCUCCUGGGCUAUGGGAUGGCAAGGACUUUCUGCAGAAUGUGGAGCUGGGAACCAUAGGAAUCAAGCUGCAUCAUCCCCACCCAGCAGGCUUUGAAAAGGAGGGUGUUCAUGAGCAUGUCUGGUUCAACAGGGGCCUGACCUCAAACGGAAUGAGAUCAGAGGACAGUGUCCCCCAGGGAAAGGAUAUCUUCUGCAUACUUGUACCCAUUGGCUCUGCCAGCUCAGCAUGAGAAGGAGUGUUUAUCCUGAGUCUAGGCUGGGCUAAAGGAGUACCUGGGACAGGCCACUCUGGACUCUCUACUUGGCAUGGCUGCUAGGUCCCCAAGGUGUGUUCUGAGGAGGAAGCCCAGCUCUCCAGACUGCCCUGACCCAAGUCCCUUCUCAGUCUCUUCUGGAUUCCAAUGCUAAGAAGAAAAUGUAGGCCCAGUGUUGUCUUUCCAGGGCACAGAGGGCUUCCAGGACCCCAGGCCUUUCACUUCCUUUCCCAGGAAAGGGUCUGGCCAGCCCAUGGCCCUUUGGAUGUGGCUAUCAACAGAGUAGGUCUUAGCAUCUCCCAGAGUUUAGCCCACUUGAGACUCCAAGGUCUUGUCUGCCCUCAGGAUCUGAACUUGCUCGUUAGACUUUCUCCAGUGGUGCCACCAGCCAGAAAAGAAGGAGCUGUGCCCCGGGACAAUCCUGUGCCUUCCAGUAGCUGCUGUUUUGUGAAGCAAAGAAUGUUAUAGUAUAUUCUUUGUGUCAGGAACUUUUUUUAAAAAAAUGAAACACAUAGUUUUGGGGGGUUGUUUGGUUUUUUGGGUUUUUUUUUUUUUUUUUUGGUUUUUUUUUUUUUGUUUUGUUUUGUUUUUAACAAAAUGCAGCCACUUUGUUCCUUGGGUCAGUUGUGCUUCGCAGAGGCAUUAGAAGGGCCCAUUUGGAUCCAAGAGUCACUUUCAGGAGCCCCUGAGUGACACAGUUCAAUUGUUUGUUGCCUUCAGUGUCUGGGGUCCCCAGCUCCUACCUUGUGGUAAGACCUACAGGAUCAGACUAGGAGUAUCAGGUCUGACCUCUUUCAUCUCACCAUGUCCCUUGUCACCUGAGCAGGCCACCUGCCUAGGCAUAACCAGUUCUAGGUGGAGGACCAGAAUACUCUGCUUUACUAGGUUGAGGGUCUAGAUAGCCCCCACCCCAACUCUACUUCUCUUUCACCAGCAGGCCUUCACCCCCUUCAUCUCUUGGUGCCCAACACUCAGCCCAGUGCCCAGAAGCCCCUUCCUCCGUGACUACAAAGGAAGGUUCAGAUGGCCUAGUCUUGUGUGGAACCACCCUACUGUAUUCCCUGGGCAUCUUUGGGCCCUUCUCCCUCUAUAUCCACUCCUCUGUGCCUUGGCUACCAGCUCUCCACCGCUUUGAUACACACCUUGCACCUGGUUUGAGUGACAGAUGACAUAAGAGCCAUGGGUGUAUAGGGGCUUGGAUGACCAUGGACUUAUCCCCACCUGGGGUCCCUAACAGUACCUGACCUGACCACUCUCUAGUGUGAUUUUGCCCACUAGUGGGGACUUGUCUGCUGUGAAGCUUUUGGGACACCCUGGCAUGGGUGUUUGCCCCACAGAUAGUCUUUUCCCAAUCAUGACUUGUUUUGAUCAGGUCUGUAACCUACAGCCAAUCUUUGUCUCCCAGUUAUCCAGUAAAAUCUAUGUGUGAUGAA